GUCAUAAAACCCGGGAAGGGGGAGGCAAGAAAGAGCUCAGAGAGAGACGAGACGAGAGACAGGCAACGGAAACACCCGUCAACUACAAAGGCCCGGAUUCCACCUUCCGAGAACUACCAAGUUUCUUCCCUCUUUACCCGGACCCCUCCCCCAUACUUCCCCCCUGCUCUGCUCUCCCUCUCUUGUCAUCACCAUCACUCGAUUUCUGGCGCAAACAAUACCUCAAACCUCAUCACUUCAUCAACGGCGCGCACGUGGCUGCCAAGCUUGACUUGCGCCAUGGCUUUAGCAACCAUACCUCUCGGACAGCCGCCCAAAUGCGGUCGCCCGUUUCCGGUCCCCAGCUACGGCAACGGCGGCGUCUUUUCCGUUUCGUGCUCGACCAUUAUAGAAGCGUCGCCCCAGACCUGUCUCGAGACCGUCCUCGACACGGCAAAGUACCCUCAGUGGAACUCCUUCUGCCCGGAAGCAUACAUCGACUCGGCGCCUGACCCGUCGACCAUCCAUCUCGACCCCGACCUCCGCCGGCUCGCCGUCCGACCGGGCCACAUCUACCCCGGCGUCAAGAUGCGCUUCGAGGCGCGCCUGAAAGCGAACGCCGACCCGUACACGACGUCGCUCGAGGCCACCGUGCUCGAGCGCUUCGAGGAGGACGGAAGAACGGGGUACCGUGUUGCGUGGAGGGUGAGCGAUUCCCGCGUAUGGCUGCUGCGUGGCGAGCGCGUCCAAGAGUUCCUCGAGGUGCCGGCCAAGGACGGCGGCCAGGCUACUACGACCGAGUAUCGCAGCUGGGAGACCUUCGGCGGUGUUCUUGCCUACUACAUCUACAACUUCAUGCAGUCGCAACUCAAAUCGGGCUUUCGUCGCUGGAUGGACGGUCUGAAGAAGGCGUCCGAGGAAGCAGAGAGAGAUAAACGCCGACCCCAAGUCGGUUGAAGACGUUGUGCUGGUACGUACGAGGAUGGCGUUAUUGGUGCGAUUGAUUUGGAACCGAAGGGAAACCGACUAACGUCCGUGAUUUGCCUGAUUCUUAGGAGGACAACUUGUGCAUCAAUUGGGAGUCGGGAGCGGGAAUCUUUGGUACUAUGCAUGGACUAACGGCGUUGGAGGAUUCGGCAUCUCGAGUCGCCUUGGAAGAUACCCA